GGAAGAAGCAAAUUUCUCUUCUUUUUUCUCACUGAGAAAGAGAGCAAUGGCCGCCAGAGACGGUGGCGUUUCGUGUCUACGAAGAUCAGAGAUGAUCGGAAUAGGAAUCGGAGAACUAGAAUCUCCACCGUUAGAUUCUGAUCAAGUUCACGUUCUCGCCGUCGAUGACAGCCUAGUCGAUCGUAUCGUCAUCGAAAGAUUACUUCGUAUCACCUCUUGCAAAGUUACGGCUGUUGACAGCGGAUGGCGAGCUCUCGAAUUCUUAGGAUUAGACGACGAUAAAGCCUCCGUCGAAUUCGAUAGAUUGAAGGUUGAUUUGAUCAUAACUGAUUACUGUAUGCCUGGAAUGACCGGUUACGAGCUUUUGAAAAAGAUCAAGGAAUCGACAAGUUUCAAAGAAGUUCCGGUUGUUAUAAUGUCGUCGGAGAACGUACUCACUCGAAUCGACAGAUGUCUUGAAGAAGGUGCGGAGGAUUUUUUACUUAAACCGGUGAAACUCGCCGACGUGAAACGUCUAAGGAGUUACUUGACUAAAGAUGUUAAAGUCUCCAGCGACAGAAACAAACAAAAGCAGAGUAGUACUACUCCGGCGUCACCAUUAACGCCGCUCUCAUCCACCACCUCCAUGGACUCUUCAGCCUCUACGGUGGAAUCUCCGAUGUCUAUGGUUGUUGAUGAAGAUACGUUGACAUUUUCGCCGGAGUCUUCGACGUCGCCGGUGGAUUCGCCGAUGAGAAGGCUAGAGAUGAAGAGUCCCGGUUUAGAUUAGUAAUGCAUGAUCUCCGUUAACUUUUUUUUUUUUUUUUACUUUUGACGGUUGUAUUGACUGCAACGUUGACUUGACGCCGUCAGUUUAUAUAGAUCUCUCUCUCUUUUGUAUCGUUUGCACGUGCGGGGAGGUUCUUUACCCACGAAGGAACACUUUGUUGAAUUUCUUGUAUUUAAAUUAAAUUACAUAUAUAUAAACUGUAUUUUUGGUGUUUUUUAAAAAAAUGUUCUGUUUCUUUAA